GAUCCACCUUGAACAACUUUGGUUGAGUGGAAAUGGGGACUAAUUUGUCUGUCUGUUGCUGUCACUGCUUUCCAAAGCACAACAAAGAGGAGAAGAAGGCUAUUUUACGUAUGCAUAGCACUGCAUCCUCACAACAACCUGAGCUUUUGUCCAGCGAGACCAGUGGCAGUGACACAGAUGAGGACCUGUUUGGACCUCCGCCUUCAGAAAGGAGCCUGUGGAAGAACCACAGGAGUCUGAGCAGAACUGCAGAUCUGUGUGCCAGCUCAAACAGACCCGAUGAGUCCUCUGUCAGACGUGGAUCAGACAGAGAGCUGCAGGCUUUCAUCAGCAUGAGAGACCAGGCUGAUCAGGCUACAGAGGAAUGGGAGAAGCUGAACUAUGACAUCCACACUUUGUGCUAUGCCAGACGGGAGGUCAGACAUCGAUGGAAGAAGAUCCUGCUGCAGCUGGGUUACCAGUGCGAGGUGGACUCUUUGCUGUGUGUGAACAGACAGAGCCGGUUAGGUCCAGAUCAAGAGCAUCUUGGCAAAGCUACAGGACUGUUGAAACAGCUGCUGGACCACACGUCUCUGUUCCCGCCUGGGACACAACAUCACAACAGAUACCUCUAUGUCAUGGACCGUCUGGUUUCACUGGACAGUGCAGAGGAGUUCAUCAGACUGGCCAAGAAGAAGUAUCCAAAGAAAGAAGGCUGAGACACAAACAGGCAGGGAUGAAAACUAAAGUGUCAUCUGAACCAGUCUCUCUUUAAACCACUCUUACAACAUU